GAUUAAAGAAAUCAAAAUAAGUUUUCGAGAAGAGUAAGGACUCAAGACUCCACUCCCGGCUGUACCAAGAACGGAGAGAGACAGAGGAGAGAGUGGAGAACAGGAGAGCGAAGUCAACCAGGCAGGCAAAAUGUGUUCAACAGGGAGGUUUGCGUUUGUGCUAGUAUUAGCCUUUUCAGUUGCAGUUGCGGAGAGCAGAGAUUCAUUUGGUGUAUUGGCUCAAAAAAGCUUUCCCCUUGCAAAUAAGAGGGCAGGGUUAACUUCAGCCAAUGGAAAGCUGUGUCAACUAUGUGAGCAGUACUCAACUGAAGCACUGUUCUACCUCCAACAAAAUGAAACCCAAACUGAGAUUCUUAGCAUCCUCCACCAUGCAUGCGCAAACGUUGGACCUCUAAAACAGCAGUGCAUCACUCUGGUUGACUACUACAUUCCCCUUUUCUUCCUGGAGGUUUCGGUGGUACAACCUGAAAAGUUCUGUGAAUCAGUCCAUCUCUGCAGAAAGGGAACGAUGCUUAACCUACCAACUCGAGGAGAUAUAUGCGGACUCUGUCAUCAUGUUCUUGUUGAAGUUCUUAUCAUGCUAAAGGAUCCUGACAUGCAGCUGGAGAUAGUUGACAUACUUCUCAAAGCAUGUGGCAAGGCAGAUAAUUAUGUGCAGCAGUGCAAGAAGAUGGUCCUUGAGUAUAUCCCUUUGAUUCUGGUGAAAUCCCAGAAGUUCCUUGAAACAACAGACGUUUGCUCAGAGAUACAUGCAUGCAAAACGGGCACACAAGCUUCAGAAACCAUGCUUCUAUCUGCCACAUCAUGAAGACAAUGUAAAUCAAGAAAUUGCUUAUUUCCCAAGUGAUUGAACUGGUAAAUGAAUUGAAGAUCAGAUGCCUAUGGCCCUGUGGGGUGUCUUCCCUCUAUUGCUGAAACACUACCAAGUGACCAAAUUUGAUGUAGAUAUCUGUGUUGUAUAUUUUGAACCAUGUUCUGCUCUCUGAAGUUUGAACCAUGGAGCAGCUACACCAACAUUCAUCGAGCAUACAACUGUAUCAGGCCAUUGAACUGAAAUGCUUCACAUGUAAUUAUCACAUUGGAUCAUUAUUGUUUAUCAA